AUGGCUUCUGAAAAGAACAUAGCAGAAUACGACCAUAACAAAACAGGUUUAGAAAUAAGCACUGCUUUUGGCGAUCGGUUGGGAAUAGCAAGUAAGAAUGCCAAUUUGGGCAAUGCCUAUCUUAGUUUAGGAGAAUAUCAGAAAGCCAUUGACCAUUACAAAACAGGUUUAGAAAUAAGCACUGCUAUUGGCGAUCGGUCAGGAAUAGCAAGUAACAAUGGCAAUUUGGGCAAUGCCUAUCUUAGUUUAGGAGAAUAUCAGAAAGCCAUUGACCAUUACAAAACAGGUUUAGAAAUAAGCACUGCUAUUGGCGAUCGGUCAGGAAUAGCAAGCAACAAUGGCAAUUUGGGCAAUGCCUAUCUUAGUUUAGAAGAAUAUCAGAAAGCCAUUGACCAUUACAAAACAGGUUUAGAAAUAAGCACUGCUAUUGACGAUCUGCCAGGAAGAGCAAUAAACCUCAGCAAUUUAGGAAAUGCGCAUCGAUGUCUUGGAGAGUAUGAAGCUGGGACACCAUUCUUAGUGAAGUCAAUUAGUUUGUACGAUGGAAUGUUUUUAGAUUUCGUUCCGGAUCAAAAUAAGGUAUCUUUCACGACACAAUAUUUCGUAUCUCAUAAACGUUUGAUGAGUUGUUUCCUUUCUUUGGAACGCAUUGAAUCCGCAUUAUUAGCCAUUGACCUUGGUAGGGCUAAGGAGCUCCAUUGCUGCGUUGAAAAACAUAAGAAUUCUGUGGACAAGGACAUGUUCGAUUAUGCACGUGUGAUAUGGAAUAGAAUCGGAUCCGGAGAGGAACGAAGAGAAAUGGAAGAAAUGAAAACAUUUCUCCAUCUAGGAGAAAAUGAUACCUCAGUAUUAGUAUUUGCUUUUGAUUUGGAUGCUUUUCUUAAUGUUUGGGUUUUAAAUGAUGAAAUUAUCUUUCGAAAAUUGGAUGCACGUUUGGAAACAUUUCAGUUCCUAAUUGUGGAACUUCUUGGGAGGGAAAAAGUUAGUGUUGUUCGGAAUUCUUCGUUUUGCAACUCCGAUUCAGUUGUUGAUACUCACAAUCAAGUGAUUUUUCCAUUUGAAAUGCCAAACGGAAAAACACUCUCUAAAAAUGCGUUUGAAAAUAGUGCUUGCUAUAGUGAUUUGAGUAAUCGAGAAAUUUUGGAAAGGUUGUUCAAACUUUUGGUUGAUCCGGUGAAAGAUCUUGUUAAAGGCAAUAAGCUCAUUGUCGUCCCUGACCAGCAAUUGUUUUUUACACCGUUUUCAGCACUAAUUGAUGAAAAUGGCUCUUAUUUAUCCAACAGUUACAGCGUUCAAAUUACACCUUCAUUGCAUACCCUGAAGUGUACCAUGGAACAAUCCUGUGACUCAAACUUUGGUUUUGCGUUGUUUGUUGGUAAUCCAACUGUAGGAAUAGUUUGUUUAAACGGACAAGACGUUACACCCUCUGACUUGCCUAAUGCCGCUGAGGAAGUUAAAUGUCUGUCAAAGCUUUUCCAAGCUAGGCCUCUUUUAGGACGCGAAGCAAGAAAAGAGGUAAUAUUGCAACAUCUAAGUGGAGCAAGUAUAAUCCAUAUCGCUGCCCAUGGCGAAACAAACCGAGGUGAAAUAAUGCUUGCGCCAAACGUUUCCAAGGUGCAACCAUGUUUGGCUGUUCCCAAGCCAGAGUCAUAUCUUCUCACACAGCAAGAUAUUCUAAAUAUUCCUUUACAAGCUCGCUUGGUAGUUCUAUGCUGUUGCCAUACUGGGCAAGGUGAAAUUACUUCAGAAGGUGUCAUAGGUAUAACUCGAGCUUUUCUUGCAGCCGGAGCGCACUGUGUUCUUGCUACACUAUGGCCAAUUGACGAUAGUGCCACAAAAGAGUUUAUGGAAAAAUUCUAUGGCGAACUUUGCCAAGAAACAAGAGUUUGUGAAGCUUUAAGAAGAACACAGAACCUCUUUCAGAAACACGAAAUAGAAGCUUACCGAUCCAUCAAGAUCUGGGGUCCAUUUACUAUCUAUGGAGAAGACGCGAAGUUCCGUGAGAAUGAGAUUAAGCAAAUCAGAGAAAAAUCUCGUGAGAUGUUUUCUGGUCUCGUAGUGCUUUGA